AUUUACAGGGUGUCCCAAUAAACAUGGAAAUUAAUCAACGACGCAGGUUCAAGGUUGCAGUGUUCCCCGACACGCCUACUCAAACUAGGAUAUCUAGUAUUUAUGUUAACCUGGACUAGAUAAAGGGUACAAGGUGUGUAGAUACCGAUUUUUUCCAGUUUUACUUUCUUUGAGACGAACCUUGAAGUUAGAAUUUGGUGUCUGCUGGGAAUGUAAAUGAGGAGUCUGAGUAUCCAACCUCAGUUCUCUACACACAAAUAGUUCAACGUGUUGUUGAUUUGAUGUGUGGAGAGCCUAUAUCCCUAGAAACUGAGGAGGAAAUCCUGGCUUGGAAAUUCUGGAUCUCUGGUCUACUCUCCCUCAUAACAGGCAUACUGGGAACCCUAGGGAACUGCAUGAGCCUCUUAAUUCUCCGUCAAAAGGAGAUGAGAAAUAUAUUCAAUGAUCUGCUGUCUGCUAUGUGUCUAGCAGAUCUACUUGUCAUUAUUGCAAGUUUCGUGACAUCAACACGCAGUCUACAAAUACAGGUGCCUUAUAUCCUGUAUGCUGUGACUGAAGGUGUACUGCAUAUUGGAGUAUCAGCUAGUGUAUUCAUGACAAUAUCCAUCACUACAGAGAGAUUUGCAGCAGUUUGCUCACCACAUACCUACCAGUCUCGACUCGCGACAAGAGGACAAUGUAAGAUAAUUCUGUCCUAUAUCCUACCGGUUGUAUUGUUUUCUAUUGUCCUGAACCUACCGAGGCUCCUGGUGAUGACCCCCUUGGGGGGGAUGGCGAGGGACAGCUCUCUUCUACUCAAACUAGGCAUUUACUCGCAAGUUCUUCAUCCUCUUGCCACUACUUGUCUUUUGCCGCUGAUCAUUCUUUCUGUUCUCAAUUACAAAAUAAUUUACGUCAUCAGAAACCGACCUGGACAUUCCUCGCAAUCUUCCCAAGAUGUCCUGCUGUCACGUGUUAUGCUUGCUGUCGUCUUCAUUUUCAUGCUUCUCCACGCGCCACGGAUUUGUUUAGCUUUAUACGAAGUUACAAUGAUUCCCAGCAUACAGAACUGCAUGCUUCAUGAAUGCGGGUACAACCCUCCUGCAAUCCAGUGGAAAGCUGAUGUUGUGAUCAGAUAUCUUGUUCUCGUCAACUCAUCAAUUAACUUUAUCAUCUACUGUAUGAUCGGAUCCAGAUUUCGAGAGACUCUGUUCAAGCUGAUCAAGUUUCGAAAAGAUAUGGAAUCGCCAAGAACCCACUACACAGUGACUCCGCCCUCGGACAACGGAUUUGAUCUGCAACCUGUUCCUAAGAGCAGACGACAAGCUUCAAGGAAAGACGAAACUACUUUAUCUUCAGCAGGACCUCACACUGAAAACCCCAAAAUUUUGGAAACCGGAAACUCCCUGGAGCUGGGACCGACAGAAAAACAUCCUUGUGUUGCUAUCCGAACUGAAACUGUACAAAUAGAGAGAUAUAGGGAGGCUCCCAAAAUAACUCAGGAUGCCGAAAAUGAAAACGAGCCAAAACAACAAAAUAACAUCGGAAAACAAAAUGGCGAAGAAAAACAAAAUGGCGUCGAAAUACAGAAGAGCCAAGAAAAUCAAAAUGGCGUAGAAGAAGAACAAGUCCUACAGAGCAGGGAUCUUGUUCUACGAGAUAUCCAAGUUGUACUGCUCGGCGGAAGAGCAGAAUAUGUUUAAAUGGUCUCAAAACAAAAACAGUAAUCCAUCCGAAACAGGUGGGCUCAAUAGAAAGAUUAUAGUUCUUCUCCAUGUCCGACAGAAAAAACAGAAGCUGUACAACAUUAUUUAUUUGGCGAAAUGCUGAUGUUUAGAAUCGUAGUUAUGGAACUUCCCUUACUUAAAGAGUUACGAACAACAUUGUUGAAAAUGCAUCUCAAAAGUUUUAUCUUUUUUUAAGAAAUGCUGAAUGGUUUUCUAGUAAAAUAGUUACUACUUACUUGUCUGUCUAGAUAGAUCUAUCUAUAUAUAUUCCCGAAAAGCUUUCCAACCCAUCCAUCCUCAAUCAGUGACUCUGUUCUUUACAAAGGUAAAACCUUUAGACUCGGAGAGGAAAGAAUAUGUUUCACCACUCAGAUGUGAAUUCACAUAAACCUAAAAUGUUCUAAAACCAUCAAACAAUGAAAUUCACUUUUGGCUUAAACUAAGAAGAAUCUUAUUAACAAUUCUAAAAGAAAUUUGGAGCGGAAAUUCAAAAUAUAUUGGUUUCUUUUAUUCAAAUUUUAAAAAAGAAAGUAAUUCUAUUUUAGAAUAUUGUAAAGGCAUGUCAGACGGAAAAAAAUUCCUUCUUUUUUCUUAAAAAGAUCUUGUGAGCACAUUCAAGAAUAACUCGAUUUUAUCAUUCUUUAGAUAUUCUUCGUUUAAAGGGUUUCAUAAUUUUCUUCAAAAAAUUUCGCGUUUGAAUAAAAUAUUUUAUCUUUCCCUUUUCAUAGCUUUUCAAAAAGUUCUUUUGUUAUUGAUAAAAUAAUUCAAAACAAUAAUAAAUUUACGGAAUAAAUCGGUAACUAUAAAAUAAGCAAACAAUUUAUGGAACAAAAUUCAAAAACAUUUAAAUAGAAUAAAUCCUCUAUCCUAUUCUUUUUAUUUCUUAAUAGUUGGACAAAUUUUCUAACAUUUUCAUUUAAUGUUUAUUUACUUUUGAUCCCUAUUAUGUUGUAUCAUUUAUUUGGCUUUUAUGUAUAGCAUAAAAAUAUACGAGUGAAGUACACCAAAGUAUUUAAACUGAGUUUAAAAUCAAUUUAGAAACCUCUUCCUAUUUGCCAAUAUCCUCCACAGAACUCUAAAGAAAUUAAGUUUUUACCACAAACUCAAAUUUUCUAAUCCCCUAUAUCUUUACAACCUGAUGGCGUAAACGUUUGAUAUUUCAAAUUUGAACUAUAGAAUCUAAGAAAAUUCAUUCGGCUGUAAGGCUGCAAAGAUAUAGGGAGUAGAAAUUUAGAGUUUGUGGCAGAAACUCAAUUCUUUUGUCAUAUGUUCUGAUUUUAAAUGACUUUGGUUGGAGUUUGAAAAAAUGUAGAUUAUAUGCUCAAUGUUAAAUGUUGAAAACUCUUAAUCUGGUAGCUAUGUAAUUGUCUAUCUAUGUAUUGUUUAUAGAACUGGUAACUAUGUAAUUGUCUAUUUAUGUAUUGUUUAUAGAACUGGUAACUAUGUAAUUGUCUAUCUAUGUAUUGUUUAUGGAACUGGGAACUAUGUAAUUGUCUAUCUAUGUAUUGUUUAUAGAACUGGGAACUAUGUAAUUGUCUAUCUAUGUAUCGUUUAUAGAACUGGUAACUAUUUAAUUGUCUAUCUAUGUAUCGUUUAUAGAACUGGGAACUAUGUAAUUGUCUAUCUAUUUAUCGUUUAUAGAACUGGGAACUACGUAAUUGUCUAUCUAUGUAUUGUUUAUAGAACUGGGAACUAUGUAAUUGUCUAUCUAUGUAUUGUUUAUAGAACUGGGAACUUUUAAAUGAACAGUCAAAAGUUCUUCAAAAGUUCUUCAAAUUCGACUAAAUUUUAAGUUAAAUUAUUUAAAUUUUUAAUUUCAAAGUUUAAAAGCUAAACUUAAUAUCUUUUAAAUGUUCCAAGAUCAAUUCACUUGUACAGUACGUAGAGAUGUACAGUACGUAGAGAUGUACAGUACGUAGAGAUGUACAGAGCGUCCCAUAUCAUAUUAGAUUAUCUCCAAAUUUUAACGCCAAAAUAUAACCAUAAUACUCGAAAAAAAUUGUAAU